CUUCAUCACUUUCCGGUCAUGCACCUACCUCGACAGGAAGCACACUGUGUUUGGAAGGAUUGUUGGUGGAUUUGAAACACUCACAGCCAUGGAGAAUGUGGAGAGUGAUCCCAAAUCAGACAAACCAAAGUCGGAGAUCAAGAUCAUAAGUGCGACUGUUUUCGUGGACCCGUACGAAGAGGCUGACGCUCAGAUUGCAGCAGAGCGAGAAAAGGAGCUGCAGAAGCAGGAGGAGGAGAAACAGCAGACCAGCAUCGCCCAGAAGAAAGCCAAGGAGGAGCAGGCGCCCAAGACCUUCAAAGCGGGUGUAGGGAAAUACAUCAACCCUGCCACAACGAGAAAACUGUUGUAGUACAGCCUGUUUGAAAAGAACAUCUUCUCUCAUGCAAAUUCAUCCAUGACCUUGCCAGACCACAAAGAGACAAGCAAAAGUUCUGAAUACUUCCUCCUACAGAAGAAGAAACCUGAAAGGUCUGUAUUAUACAAAGGCAUAAACAACCUGAUUUACAAAGAGAAAAGGGUUAUGAGCAGGAACCCAGGCAAAAGUAAGAAAAGAUCAGAGAAUCACACAGUCUAGAAGAAGCACACAUCUGUGGAAAAACAGCUAAUUAUGACAUCAUAUUCUUCU